GGCGGCUCCCGGGCUCCUCUUGGCCCUGGAUGUGGCCAGGGCGAGCCGGGCGCUUAUUCCCGGAAGCUGCGACUCAGAGGCCCCUGGGAGAGCUGGGGCCCAGGGAUUUGCUCCCCACAGUCGACUGUUUUGCUGAGCCCUGAGUGAGAACCAGGUGCCCACGUGGUCAGGGACUAACCCAGAGGUGGAUCUCCUGCUCCCUCCUGCAGCACCCGCACGAUGGAGGCUGCCUCCCUCCUCUUCCUCCUCCUCGCCCCAGGGCUACUGGUGUCCAGCACAUCACCAUGUGCUCUGGAUGAAGCCAUUGAUCGGAAGAUCAAAGAGCAAACCAGCUCCCUAGUUUUAGAGGCUGUAAAGAACCUGUCCCUGGACUGCACAAGCGUCACCUCCAGGGGGGACCUGGCCACCUGUCCCGAAGGUUUCGCAGUCACCAGCUGCUCGUGCGGCUGGGGCUGUGGCUCGUGGGACGUGCGCGCCCAGACCACGUGUCACUGCCAGUGCGUGGGCAUGGACUGGACCGCAGUGUGCUGCUGCCGCGUGCAGAUGGCCGCCUGAGCCUGGAGGCGCCAUGGUGCGGUUUAGGGGGGCUAAGGAAGCGGGGCUGGAAAUAAACCAGGAGACAAAGAUCAUGGC